GUCCUUGGAUAUGAUUAUUCUACACUAUCAUGCUUUCCUUUCUCCAUUGUUGCAGGUUACAAAUUUCAUGGGCAUUGAGUGGAUGAGGAGACAUCUUGCUCCGGACUAUAGAGUCCAUACUAUUUCUUUCAAAGACCCAAACCCGAUGCACAUCGAUGCUACUUUUAAUAUCAUUGGUCCUGGACUCGUGCUUUCUAAUCCAGAUCGUCCCUGUAAUGAGAUUGAUCUCUUCAAGAAGGCAGGCUGGACCAUCCUUCAUCCACCACUUCCUCUCAUCCCCGACAAUCAUCCGCUGUGGAUGUCCUCCAAGUGGCUUUCCAUGAACGUCCUGAUGCUGGGUGAGAAACGCGUGAUGGUAGAUGCCAACGAAAUCCCGAUCCAGAAGCUCUUUGAAAGCCUAGGUAAGACCGAUUUAGCUAAAUGGGCCAACAUUUCAUGGAAGAAUCAUUUUCAGAGUUUGUUUCUGCAGAGCACCCAUUUUCCUAAGGACAAUUUAACCCAGAUUCCUCCAACUCAGUGUUUCUCCAACUUAAGUGUCUUCCAGAAGCGUGAAUCUCUUCUAGAUCCAAAGUGGAAGUUGGAGCUUGGAAGUUCAGCAUCUCUGAAGGACCCCAAGUCAGCCAAAGUUGUUGUAGGCAAAAAAAUGUUAAACUUUACACUUGAUCAGUCCUUUUGAGAUCUGGAGAUGUGGCUGGCCUCCUAACCUUCCAGAUCUCUGCCUGCAGCCUGAUCUUUCUUCAAGGUCAAGAGAAAGUUAGAUGUCCUUCAUGUUUUAGAGAUAUGUGAGGUCUCCCUCAAAGAGAUACCACUUCAUCUUUCUGAUCAGCCCUGGAAAAAAGAGAGAAGAGAAUGCAAAAUGUAGGAGUCGUGGUGACACAGUGGUUAUAAUGCAGUACUGCAGUCUAACUCGCUGCUCACUCCAGAAGUUCGGUUCUGAGUGGCUCAAGGUUGACUCAGCCUUCCAUCCUUCCCAGGUUGGUAAAAUGAGGACUCAGAUUGUUGGGGGCA